AUGGAAAGAAAAUCCCUCGACGAAGACAACAUGGAGUCCAGUCUACAAAAGAGUCAACGCCGCGUCUAUGAGGAUGAUUCGGACUGGUCUGAUGAAGACUGGGACCUCAGCAAGUUCCGUCCACCGUCCGAAGAGCCACAAGCUCCGCCUGGAGAGAUGAUUGCGGCAUUCUCUCAUUGUAGUGAUGAUGAACGGCAACUUACUCGCGUCGAGAUUGCGGACGGUUUUGCUCCAUUCAAGGGCCAAAGACACAUCAACAUUGACGCAUCAUUCUGUUUCUUCCGCCUUGACGACGGCGUGGCUUGUGGCGCCUGGAGGCCAAACACACGACUCAGGUGGUUAUUGCCCGAGGGUGUCCUCAUGGCAAGCCUUCCUUUGAUGCACCAGAGGUUGUUGACUGCUCGAGGACUGGCCAAUUCAGGGUGCCGUAAGGAUGCCGUCGCGGUGUGUACUGCGGUGUCGAAACUCAUGAACUGGGAGUUCCAAGCCAUUGAGCGCCGAACUAUCUCGGACUCGGAGUCUUUCCGAAUUUACAAAACUGCGAUGAUACUCUACAACCGGAUCGCAAAAGAAAUACCGCUUGUGAUCACCAACGGAACUAUACGAGCAACCAUGACAAUGACAGUCAUGUUCCAGAAUUGGUCAAAUAUAGCAACCUUCACCUAUAACAAAGAGCACGGUGUUGCAGCGAACUUUAAGCUCGGAAUUCGGACUCUGGAGGGGCUGGAAGAAGAUGGCUGGCGCAUUGUCGAGAACCCUGUAUAA